CGACAAAAGUGUCAUUCUUCAUAAUUUAAAUGCAUCAUAAUCAGACAUAAAAGUCAUGACGAGCAACGUGGAAGCGGUGGCAGGCGGAGUAGCGAAACUACCAUGCGACAUAACGCCCCCGGCCAAAGCCGACAGAGUCCACCUAGUAAUCUGGUACAAAGAAGGCUUACCAUCGCCGAUUUACAGUGUUGACGCCCGAAACAUGUCGAUAGAGGGAGGAAGACACUGGUCCGAAGACAAAGCGUUGGGUGGCAGGGCGUUUUUUCAGUCAACAGUCGACCCUGCAAGGCUCACUAUAGAGAAUGUAAAAGAUUCAGAUUCUGGCGUUUACAGGUGUAGAGUUGACUUCAGGAAAUCACCGACACGUAAUACUAAAGUCAUUUUGACAGUCAUACUCCCACCUGAAAAGCUGACCAUUCUGUAUGACAACGGUGAACACAUUCCACACUAUAUUCUAGGACCUUAUAAUGAAGGAUCGACUGUGUAUGUUACUUGUUUGUCAAUCGGAGGUCGUCCACUUCCUACUGUGACUUGGUGGCAAGAAAACGCUCUACUCGAUGAUUCGUAUGAUGAUAUAACGGAAAAAACCGUGCGUAAUGUGCUUCGAGUUGAUCAGAUCGAAAGACGGCAUUUACACGCAGUUUUUACAUGUCAGUCAUCCAAUAACAAGCAUAUUUCACCUUUAACAAGUGCUGUUACUCUUGACAUGAAUCUGAAACCUCUCUGGGUGAGGAUGCUCGGUGAAAAUAAACCGUUAAGCAUGGGCACUACCUAUGAAAUAUCUUGUGAAGUGGUAGGUGCCCGACCACCUCCUUUAAUAACGUGGUGGAAGGGAAGUGUACAGUUAAGAAAUUCUAGAGACGUGACAAGCACAGACGGAAAUAGGACUGUGAGUACGCUGAUAUUUGUGCCAACUAUAGAAGAUAGCGGGACUUAUUUAUCUUGUAGAGCUAUCAAUACUCUAAUUCCAGAUUCAGAGCUGGAAGAUGGAUGGAAACUCAAUAUUUAUCAUGUUCCUGUAGUCAGCCUAGAAUUAGGUAGCAAUAUCAAUGGAAGUUGGAUACGAGAAGGCGUAGAUGUUUACUUUGAGUGUAAUGUAAAGGCCAACCCAUGGGUUUACAAAGUGAGCUGGAGACAUAAUGGCAAGGUCGUAGGGAACAACCCAAGUGGUGGAACAAUCUUAGCAAACCAGAGUCUCGUACUUCAAAGUGUAAGUCGAGCUAAAGCCGGACAAUAUACUUGCGUUGCGAGUAAUCAAGAAGGAGAUGGCGAAAGUAACGCUUUAUACCUUGAUGUGAAAUUUGUUCCAGUUUGUCGUCCGGGUCAGGGCAAUGUAAUUGGAGUUGGAAGAGGCGAAUUAGUGAGAAUACCUUGUGAAAUAGAAUCUAAUCCUCCUGCGACAUCGUACAUAUGGAAAUUCAAUCACACUGGAGAAAGUAUAGAGAUUCCAAACAGCCACUAUACAAGCGAACCGAAUCACAGUGUAGCCUCAUUUUCACCAUCUACUGAACAUGAUUUUGGAACGUUGCUUUGUUGGGCUAAAAAUCAACUGGGUACAAUGAGACACCCUUGUGCUUAUCACAUAAUACCAGCAGGGCGCCCAGAUUCUUUAAUUAACUGUUCGUUGAUCAAUCAAACCGAACUAUCACUAGGGAUAGAAUGUUCGGAGGGCUUUGAUGGAGGUUUGCCUCAACAUUUUGCCAUGGAAGUGUACGAAUCGUCAAAACAAAUCUUAAUGGCAAAUGUUUCAUCUACCACUCCCACCUUGACCGUUGUCGGACUGCCACCAGGAUUGGAAUUUCAAGUAGCUGCUUAUGCAGUCAACGCAAAAGGUCGAAGCGAUUAUACAAUUAUUCGCACUUACACUUUAAAAUCUCCUCAGAAACGAACAUCUAACCCGACAAUGUUACAUCUUUACCCUCUGAUCGGGUUGCUUUCUGGCAUUGUUGCUCUCCUGGUAAUUAUUGCCACAUGCAUUGUACUUAUCCUAAGAUGUCGUGAGAAAAAAAGGAACAAGACAGAUACAGAAAAAUUUAGUGAGAACAAAGACCAGUCUCUCAACCAUAGUACAGAUAGUUUAGAAAAUAAUCCAGAUGUCAUUCCUUUAAAUUCAGAGUUUCAAGAACCAAGUGACAAAACCCUACAGAAGUACAAUACAGCAUUGUAUUCUUCAAACAUAGAUAAUCAUAUUCGAACAAUGAAGGGCGAAGUCACGUAUGCUGAACUCAAUUUGGCAGGAUCUUGCACAGUUUAUUCUGAGCUUCUUGCUCCUUGUGAACAAUCAGUUUAUGCCCAGAUACAGCCCGUUCAUCAAAUGAACUAUUUUCCUCAUCACACUACUGUAUAAUUACAUAGCCAUAAAAAUGUCAUGUGUCAUUUGUUUUCAGUUAAUAAACAUUUAUAUAUGAACAAACAAAAAUCUUAAAUUAUGCAGUAUUAAGUGGAGUUAAAAAUAAAAUCAAUGUAUGAAACAUUGCUUCAAUUUUUUUUUUAAAUAUAUUUCAAAGGAAGAUGAAAUAGUCUUUCAUUGUUGAUGUUGUUUUGUUCUCUGCAUUUUAUAAAUGUUAUGUGUUUUAAUGUUACCAGAGUGAGAUAUUUGUAUAGGACUUGUUUAACUAACUAUAAUGUAUAAAGUAAUUAUUGUUGUGCUGCCAUUAAAGGUAAAAAUCCUGUUUUUAGAUUGUUUAUAAGAAUUACAAUUUCUAAUGCAGUAUUUAAUAUUUAAGAGAACUGAAAGUGUGCUAUCAAAUUAUUAAAAUUGCUCAACAAGCACUUACCCUUGUUAACUUUUGUGUGUUUUAAUCUAUUUUCUACUUUACCAUCAUUAAUGUGAGGUAUUUCAAAUUAAUAAUGUAAGUUUUUAACAUUAAAAUUGAUAUAUUUUCAUAAGAAAUA